AUGAGGGCUCUGGAUAAACAGUGGAGUCUGGCCAACAGGGCUAGCGCGUUUUGGCCCACCUGUUGCCGUGAUACGAGGAGUGGGCCCGUCAAUUUGUACCUCAUCCUGGCAAACUCAUCACCUCCCAGUAAUAAUUACCUGGCAUUGCAUUUGAGAAUCACGUGCCCUCCAUUCAAGACUUACCUUGCUGAGCGGGUGCGCGCAUUCCGUACCAACCCGUUUGCGGCUUUCACUCCGCCGUGUUUCCAGCAUCUAUCAAUCCUUCCUGCAGCCACAAGCCUCAAACACACUGCUGUUUGUUCAACUUUAGCCCCGUCCACUUCGCCUUGGCCUUCGGUUUGUCAUAGCACCGCCACGGCGCCCACAGCAACUAACCUCAGGCUAACUCCGUCUUCUCGUCUUUCUCUUUCCUCAGCCAAUUGCGCCCCUUCCAUCCUUCUCGUUCGUGCUGCAUCUUUUGAUUCCUGUUUCACUAGCCUAAGCCUCCAUCCCUAUUCCAAAGCCUCCCCUGGAUACGGAAUCAACACCGGCAUCAAAACACUAUCUCGACAGAUUAUGCUGUACCGCUACCUGGCUUGCGGGUAUUUGUCAACCUCAACUUCAUUUUAUUCCACCUCAACCUUGCGCUCUAGCGUUCAUGUCCGUACCAAUGGAAAGUCUACAGAAGCAUUGGUCCACAAGGCUCUGUCCUCCUCGCAUAUAAGGGCGACGAGUCUCAGUUUUAACGAACUCUUAUUUUCUAGAACUCAGUCACAACCAUCUUUGAUAUCUUCUCUCCAUCUUCCACUAUCGAAUAAUAUCAUUCUUUUCAUUUCGAAAGCCCCCAACUCCUGUUUCCUUUUCAAUGGCCAACCAUGUGGGGCAGCACGACCACACUCACCACAACGCUGA